AUCCACAAAUAAACACAACUUGCUUUCGUUGCAUGUUGGCUUCUUCUAUCAACUUCUAACCUUUCUUCUCUCUCCCUCUUUCCAAAUCCUCAAAUCCCAAAAAUGGUGACUAUGGUUUCUCAAGACAACGUUGUGGCAUUGGUUUCUCGUACAGGCAGAGAGUUGCAACGCUACAGAAAAGGUCGUCGACAGGUCGUGGGAUGCAUACCAUACAGAUAUAAAAUUGUUGAUCAAACUUCCUUGGAGGCACCUGAAGAAUUAGAGGUUUUGGUUAUCACUUCUCAGAAAGGUAAAGGGAUGCUAUUUCCUAAGGGAGGUUGGGAAUUAGACGAAUCUAAAAAGGAGGCAGCUCUGCGAGAAACCAUAGAGGAAGCUGGUGUUCGAGGCACUGUUGGGGGUAAAUUGGGUAAAUGGAGUUUCAAGAGCAAAACUCAUGAUACUUUUUAUGAAGGCUACAUGUUCCCUCUACUUGUUCAAGAGCAAUUAGAGUUUUGGCCAGAGCAAAACUUUCGUCAAAGAAUAUGGAUGAGCGUUUCUGAAGCAAGGGAAGUUUGUCAACACUGGUGGAUGAAAGAAGCACUAGAGAGACUAGUAAACCGUCUCAUGGGUCGGAAACUUGGUCAUGUGAAACAAAUUGUAGGUUCUAUACACUGCAUUGGAGAUGGCAAAUCUGACUUGUAAACAGGGCUUAACCCUUUUAGCUUUUCUUGGACGGCAAAAACUGAGGAACAGUAGGCUCCAAACACUUAUGGAAUUAGAACAAACUGAUAGAAUUAGAAUAUAAAUAGUAGUAGUUGAAGUAAAUCACAUAGAAGUUUACAAUGGCCCCAUUAAAAUGUAUGUGAGAAUUCACUUCAUCUGUACAGUGAGACUUAUGAAAAUCCAUUGUUCAAUAAACAAUUUGCCUUUCUUUUCAAUCAACAUUUGGAUAACAUGUAAAGUGAGGGGCUUAGCAGAACUGGGAUAUGAUAUAUUAUUGCACAAGCAAUGGUUGUAUUGUAUAUGCCUAUAUAGGUAAGUGGAGAUAAGGCUCAAUUGAGUUGAGACUGUGAAAUAUUGCUACUUAUUACUGUUUGACAUGGUUAGCGUGUCAAGAAAUUUGAUGUUCUAUUCCCUUUAAGGAAAAGGACAUUUUGUCUAGCAUGAAUAAAGUUGAACCAUUUGAUUCGAAGG